GCAGAGUCACGUGGUCCUGUGUGUCAUGUGAUUCUUCAGUCUGACUAUAAACAGCUUCUUCUUCUUCUUCUUCUUCUUCUUCUUCUCUGUACUCCUAACACUAAACACUAAACAUCCGACGAUAUAUGUUUACAAGCUGGACUUACUGCAGUAAAACCUACCAGGUUGUUAGAGGAUUAUGCAGCACAGAUCUGUCUGUUAAUAACAACUGAACUCAUUCUACCUGUCUCCAAGUCACCUGCUAAUAAUGACUCUGCAGAUGGGGUUCCUGGUUCUGGCUCUGCUGGGUUUGAGCUCAGCGCUGGUCUGUCCUGAUGGAGGCAUGUGUGAGGACAAAAACACCUGCUGCAUGAACACUGUGGGAGGAUACGGCUGCUGUCCACUUCCUCAUGCCGAGUGUUGUUCAGACCACCUCCACUGCUGCUUUGAGGGGACGGUUUGUGAUCUCGUUCACUCCAAAUGUGUUAAUAAGACCGUUUCCCUGCCCUGGAUGAGGCGUGUUCCAACCAAACAGGCCCUGCUCGUCCCUCAGCUCGAGGAGAGAGUAAAAGCAGUCAUUUGUCCAGACGAGGAGUCUGAAUGUCCCGAAGAAACCACUUGCUGCCAGCUUGUUGACGGCUCCUGGGGCUGCUGUCCAUUAGCUAAGGCGGUGUGUUGUGAGGAUAAACUCCACUGUUGCCCCGAGGGAACAAAGUGUGAUAUUGCUCACUCAAAGUGUGUCGCUGCCUCUCUGGAGUCCUUCCCCAUGCUGGAGAAACUGCCGGCCAGGAGGAGGGAGAAUAGUCCAGCUUCUACAGUCGGUUCAGUGACGUGUCCUGGUGGAGCGAGCAGCUGCCCAGAUAGUUACACAUGUUGCCUGCUAACCAGUGGAGACUACGGCUGCUGCCCUUACCCACAGGCCAUGUGCUGCAGCGAUCAUCUCCACUGUUGCCCUGACAACACUAUAUGUGACCUGGAGCACGGGGUCUGCAAGUCUGGUGAGACGAGCGUGCCGAUGCUGAUGAAGAUCGCUGCUGUACCCAACGACGUUGACUGUCCAGACAAGAAGUCAUCGUGUCCUGACCAGACAACGUGCUGCCAGAUGAUCAACGGCACAUAUGGCUGCUGUCCGAUGCCCAAUGCCGUCUGCUGUUCAGAUCACGUCCACUGUUGUCCUGAAGGCACCCAGUGUGACGUCGCCCAGAGCGUCUGUGUGACCGCCCGGGGAGAGACCGCCAUGACCGUGAAGAUCCCCGCCGCCGCUGUCACGGAGCUGCUGGACGUACAGAACAAAGUCGGUUCUGUUCCCUGCAACGACUCGGUGGCAUGCGCUGAUGGAGACACCUGCUGUAAAUCUCCAGAGGGAGAAUGGGCCUGUUGUCCGCUACCUAAGGCCGUGUGUUGUGACGACCACCUGCACUGUUGUCCCCACGACACCGUUUGUAACCUCGAAGCCUCCACGUGUGACGACCCCUCGGGCAGCACCGUGAUGCCCUGGCUCGCCAAAGUGCCCGCCUUCCCCUUACUGACCGAUAACAGCAAGUGUGACAAGACUACGUCGUGCCCCGGGAAAUCCACCUGCUGCAAGACGGAGAGUGGAGGCUGGGCCUGCUGUCCUCUGCCUCAGGCCGUGUGCUGUGACGACCACGUCCACUGCUGCCCUCACGAUACCGUCUGCAACCUGGAGGCUGAGACUUGUGACGACCCGUCGGGUUUCCUACCUUCCCUCCGCUGGGCGGAGAAGGUGUCGGCUCUGACCUCGGAGGUGGAGGAGGAGAAAUGUGACAAGGAGACGAUGUGUCCGGGAGGCACCACCUGCUGUAGGAGAGACUCUGGACAGUGGGCCUGCUGCCCUUUACCUCAGGCCGUGUGCUGUAGCGAUCAUGAGCACUGCUGCCCUAAAGGUUAUAAAUGUAACGUGGCUGAACAGACGUGUGAUAAACCCGACGGAGGCCUCAGGCUGCCCUGGCUGCAGAAGAUCCCGGCCCUGCAGAAGGAGCCCAGUCCCAGAGCGGUUUCCAGUCCAACUGGGCCGGUCAGGAACAUGUGUGACGCCCAAACCAGCUGCCCCAAAGACACGACCUGCUGCCUCAUGGGCGAGAGCCAGAAAUGGGGCUGCUGCCCUCUGCCGAACGCGGUCUGUUGUAAAGAUGAAAACCACUGCUGCCCCGCCGGUCACACCUGUGAACCUCACCGCUCCUCCUGCACAAAGGGCCCCCACGUCGUUAUACCCUGGUUCACCAAACUGAGCGCCGUGACGGAGCCGGGCGCCGUGACGGACGUUAAAUGUGAUGACAAGAGCAGCUGCGCUUCAGGAACGACCUGCUGCAAACUGCAGACGGGAGAGUGGGGCUGCUGCCCGCUGGUCAAGGCGGUUUGCUGUGCCGACCACGAGCACUGCUGUCCUCAGGGCUACACCUGCAACAUGCAGACCGGAACGUGCGAGAAGCAGAGCCACGACGCGCUCACCCUCACCCUCACCCUCCCUCAGAGCAAAGUGGUACAGUCCGAGCCCAGAGGCGCCGAGGUCGCCGCAGACGUACCAUGUGACGGCACGGGGGAGUCCCACUGCUCCGUGCAGGAGACGUGCUGUAAGGUGUCGGCCACAGAGUGGGCCUGCUGCCCCUAUGCCCGGGCGGUCUGCUGCUCCGACUCAAAGCACUGCUGUCCUGUUGGAUACUCCUGUGACCUGAAGGCUGGAGGCUGCUCCCUGCGCUCCCAGCUGACCUGGGACUCUUUGACCGGGGACAGAAAGAAAGACUUCGUCCAACACGGACUCUAAUCCGUCACGAAAGUGCACUGAUCUUCUUCCAUCUUGAUCCAUAACAUCAACACGUUGUUCUCUGGACGACACUUCCUGUUUGCUUACUCAUUCAUGGAAGUGCUUUAACCAGGUCCGUGCACUCCUGAGUGGUUUUGGUGGAGGAGACUUGGUGGCAGUGAAGACAUUAUAAUGAAGUAGGAAGCUCAUCGGGCGACAUGACGGCCUCUCGUUCACUCAAACUUGUUUUGUUAUUUCAUGUUUUAGCUUCAAGUGAAAAACUGUGUGCAGAAAGUCUUUUCAUGUUUUGCACCAACCAGGCAGAAUCUUAUUAAACAUCCACGACCCCGACUCGGUGAGGAAGCAGCA